CAAAGUCGCACUUCCUCAUUAUUCUGCUGAAACUCUCACCAUCUUCUUCCCUAUAUAUCUGCAUCUGCAAGAGUUGUAUAUAUAAAUGUUACCACUCACAUUGUGAUAUACAGUACAAGAUCACACACAUACACACACUAGCUAGAAAGGGAAAAUGGAUGAUCAGUCCUCUGAGAAGACUGUAAUAGUGGGAAAUUAUGUAGAAAUGGAGAGGGAAGGGAAGCCAAUAAUAAGCAUCAAAUCAAAAGUUUCCAACCUCUUCUGGCAUGGCGGCUCAGCCUAUGAUGCCUGGUUCAGCUGUGCUUCUAACCAGGUGGCUCAGGUGCUGCUUACAUUGCCAUACUCAUUUUCGCAGCUGGGUAUGAUGUCGGGAGUUGUGUUUCAGCUCUUCUACGGCUUGAUGGGUAGCUGGACUGCUUAUAUCAUCAGCAUUCUCUAUGUGGAGUACAGAACCAGGAAAGAAAGAGAGAAGGUUGAUUUCAGGAACCAUGUCAUUCAGUGGUUUGAAGUUCUUGAUGGGCUCCUUGGAAAACACUGGAGGAACGUUGGUUUGGCAUUUAACUGCACUUUUCUUCUCUUUGGAUCGGUCAUCCAACUCAUAGCCUGUGCGAGCAAUAUAUAUUACAUAAAUGAUAAUUUGGACAAGAGAACAUGGACUUACAUCUUCGGAGCAUGUUGUGCCACCACUGUCUUCAUUCCUUCUUUCCACAACUACAGAAUCUGGUCUUUUCUUGGCUUGUUGAUGACCACUUACACAGCUUGGUAUCUCACCAUUGCUUCUCUACUUCAUGGCCAGGUGGAGGGUGUGGAGCACUCGGGUGCAACCAAGUUGGUGCUGUAUUUCACAGGAGCCACAAACAUUCUCUACACAUUCGGGGGACAUGCUGUUACAGUAGAGAUCAUGCACGCGAUGUGGAAGCCACAGAAAUUCAAGGCCAUUUACUUAUUGGCCACACUCUAUGUCUUGACACUUACCCUCCCAUCUGCCGCAGCUGCAUACUGGGCAUUCGGCGAUUUACUUCUCAACCACUCCAAUGCCUUUUCCCUCCUCCCAAGAUCACCCUUCAGGGACAUGGCUGUCAUUUUGAUGCUCAUCCAUCAGUUUAUAACAUUUGGUUUCGCUUGCACGCCCUUGUAUUUUGUGUGGGAAAAGGCAAUAGGCAUGCAUGAAUGCAAGAGCUUGUGCAAGCGAGCCGCAGCUAGGUUGCCGGUGGUGGUGCCGAUAUGGUUCCUGGCCAUCGUCUUCCCAUUCUUCGGCCCCAUCAACUCCACUGUCGGAUCACUUCUUGUUAGCUUUACUGUCUAUAUUAUCCCUGCUUUGGCUCACAUUUUCACCUUCAAAUCAGCAGCAGCCCGAGAGAAUGCAAUAGAGCAGCCUCCCAAGUACUUUGGGAGGUGGGUUGGGACGUAUGUGAUCAACAUAUUUGUGGUUGUGUGGGUUCUGAUUGUUGGGUUUGGGUUUGGUGGCUGGGCCAGCAUGGUUAAUUUCAUCCACCAAAUCGACACAUUUGGGCUGUUCACUAAAUGCUACCAGUGCCCAUCUCAACUGCCGCCACACCUGGCCAACGCCACCACUCCUCUUCCACCUCCCGCUGCCAACGCCACUCAUCUGCCACCGCCUCGUCUUCAUCAUACUCCUUGAACUAUUUCGCCAUACCACUCAACUGGUAAGUGGUUAGUUACUCCCUGAUCAUUACAGGGCCCGCCAGAAACCAUGGGAGAGGGUACAGGAAACGGCAAUCACGGGUGACAAGUGCAUGCUAGCUGCACCGGUGCAGUUCAUCACAAAUCAUUCUUUAGGCCUCUUUCCAGGAAAAUGAAAUGCACGUUAGAAUAGAUCUUUUAUGUUGUUAGUCAUCGCUUUUAAUAUGCAUCAAUCAAUUCUGAAUGAAAUUUGCAACUUAAAAGGAGCAACCGCUUAAUAUUACUACCCCUGCUUAAUAUUCACUGCCCAGGCAUUUGAUGUCUAUGUGCAGCAAUCAGAUGCCUUUCGGGAGUCGAUUAUAAUUCUCUAUUGUUUGUGAUGUGCGAAAGAUAAAAGACAUCAAUAACAAUGUCUUUGCCAAGUCUCAACUAAUUCACAGGGAAGUUGUCUCAAACGGACAUUACAUUGCAUGGUUCAACUGAUAUUCGGUCUUAUUUGUGUUUAUUAUUGACUGCUAAAUACGGGUUUGGCGUCGUAUAAGUUAAAGAAUUAAUUCGAGAAAAGUUAGCAUAACAAUUCAAGGAGCGAGUGCAUAUCCUUAUGCGUUGCGUGUAUCGAUCAACAGAAGAAGAUACAAACCACCGUCAUAACAUUGAAAUCCUAACCACAGAUAAUUCUGAUAAGGCCACCAUAUAACCAAAACACAAUAAUAAAGGGGCAGACACUGGUUUCAUUUAUACUAACAUAUGGUUCACCUCAUCAGAGAACCUAAAAUAGCAAAAACGGACGCAAAACACUAGAGAAAGGACACAGCAUCCCCAGUUAGCUCAGCGGUUGUCUCGGGGG